AUGAAUCCCGAAGACGAAAUAAGAACGGAUUUCGAUGAACUUGUGAGACGGGGACGAAACAGGACCUGCAAGAGACGUCGCGAUCCACAAAAUGACCCAUAUUUCGUUGACGUAGAUUUUGUGGAAGAUGGGAAUGGAGGCGGGGGCGCAGCAGCAGCACCAAUACCUCAAGAUGAAGAACGUGCACCUGCGGCUUUGAAUAAUGUUCGAAUUGCAUCUGCAGUACCAUCAGGCAUGGUGCCAAAAACGCAGAAAAGCCCGUGUUUAAGAAGAAAUGUAUCUGCACAUGGUCCAGUUCAACAAAGACCAAAAAAGAUUCGGCGUUCCCUUAAUUUUAAUAUUCCUUCUAAUGCUCCUGGUGGCAACGCUGAUCUCAACAGAGUUCCAGACAACCCUCCAGGUGAAAGAGCUGCUGCUGGAAGACGGAAUGAUGUUCAGGCAGCGGCAGUGCAUGAACGUGCGAAAGCACCGGACCCGGCAGCAAGUCCAGAGCAGCGAGCCCUCGUGCCCUGGAAUGCCAUGAGCAGCAAGCCCUUCAGCAGUGCAGGAAGAGGCCUGCAGCAGUACAUGGGGAAGCAGCCCUGGAGCAUCGUGCAGACAGCGAGCACGAGCCAGCAGAGUGUCGGAGAGGCAGACUCCCAGUACACUGCGAUUUACCUGGUUGCUGCUGAGUGCCGGUGA